AUGAAGAGGGCUAAUUGGUUACGUUUCAACCCUCGUCCUACAACAAGUUGGUCUCUAUGGAAAAUCUGCAAAAUUAGAGACAUUAUGAGUAACUGGAUGGUAAAGGAUAGAUAUAGCAUUGCUUCAAUCUACAAGGAGUACACUCUUCAGCAAGCUCCUGUUGCCUGGGCUAAGUUUGCGUGGCACAGACCUUCUAUCACAAAGGAAAGAUUCAUCUUUUGGCUUGCCUUUCAAAACAAGCUAAAGACCCGGGAUAAGCUCAAGAAAAUCGGGCUUCCUGACGAUGACAGCUGCCCUAUGUGCGCAUCUGCAGUUAAAACCUUGGAACACACUUUCUUCAACUGUGUGUUCAGCUCCCAAUGUCUUGCUGCUCUAUCUCAUUGGUUAGGUGUACCCUUACAAAACUCCAACUUAGUAAGGCUAGCUCAAAAGAAAUGGAAUGCCUCUGGUUUUAAAAGGAAAGUGAUCAUCACUAGUCUCUGCUAUCACAUCUGGAAAGCCCGAAAUGAUGCUAUUUGGGGCUCAACAUGA